AUGGAAUUUCUAGGAAUUUUUAUGAUGAUUAAAAAUCUUACAGUAGUCUUCUGCUACGUUUCAGACAUUCUGAUUGGUUAA